AUGUUAGGGCAAGUAGAAUCGUAUAUGCCUGGUGAUGAUUUUUGUGAAUACGCGGAACGUUUAGAACAAUAUUUUGUUUUAAAUGAUGUUAAAGUGGAUAAAAAAGUUGCAUUUUUGUUAACAUUCAUCGGUCAAGAAACGUAUUCAAUAUUGAAAAAACUAUUAUUUCCGGGUGAUCCAGUAAAGAAAACGUUCGAGCAGCUGAUAGCAGUUUUGAAGAGUCAUUUUACUCCUGAAGUAAAUGAAAUAUCUGAACGUUAUAAGUUUUUCAAGGAAGAUCAGAAGUCGGGUCAACCGAUGUCAGAAUAUAUAGUAGAAUUAAAAGCAAAAGCGCAAAAAUGUAAGUUCGAAACCUUUUUGAAUAAAGCGUUACGCGAUCGUUUAGUAUUUGGAGUAUGUGAUAAUAAAUUACGUGCCAUACUGUUGAAAGAGUCAACAUUGACGUUUGAAUCAGCUUGUACCAUAGCUAUAAACUGGGAAUUAUCUGAAAAAGAUGUAAAAGGUCAGAGUAUGAAUCAGUUUACAGUGCGACCAAAAAGCAGUAAUUUUCAUACAAACCGGUCAAAAAGUGUCGAUAAAAGGGACGGCAAAUGUACUAGAUGUGGUGGAUCACAUUUUAGUAAGGAAGAGUGUCCAGUUAGAAAUUGGAAGUGCAGAAAUUGUGACAAAGUAUUGCAUAUUGCAAAGUAUUGUUUCUACAGUAAAAUGAAUCAGAGCAAGUCCAGAGCCAGGAGUUCAAGUCGAAGCAAAUUUAGUAAACAGAAGUAUCGAAGUAGUGAUUCGGUACCAUCAGAAAAAAACAAUGUACAUGAGUUAUCAGAAGAAUUGGAUCAGAUGCAGUGUUAUGUGGAGUCAAAAAUGGAAGACAGAAUAAAUUCAGUGCACAAGUCAGGCAGUCCAUUGCUAGUCACGGUGAUAGUUCAGGAUAAUGAAGUAGAAAUGGAAGUGGAUUCGGGCGCAUGUGCAUCAUUAAUAAGUGAAGAUAUGUAUUUAAAAAUGUUUUCUUUUGUACCAUUAAUUGAUGUUGUAGUUAAAUUUGUAUCAGUUACAGGAGAAAAUGUUAAGUUAUCGGGAAAACUGUUGGUUAACGUGAGGCUGCCCGUUGACAUUGAAAGCAAAACUGUUCGUUUAGAAUUAUUUGUCAUAAAAAUUAAAAAACCGUGUGUACCACUCUUGGGUCGAGCUUGGUUGGAUAGACUAUACCCAAGUUGGAGAAAUGUUCUUCAGUUAAAUCAAGUCUCAAAAAGUAGUAAUAUUUUGGAUACAUUAGCUGUUAAAUACCCAAAUAUCAUUCCUAAGUCAUCAAAUCAGGUAAUAAAAAAUUAUAAAGCUGAAAUAGUGUUAAAGGAUAAUGUUAAACCAAUUUUCCAUAAAGCUUAUACAGUACCAUUUAAAUUGAGAGAAAAGGUAAAUGUAGAAAUUGAUAGAUUAGUGAAUGAAGGUAUUUUGGAACCAGUUAAAUUCAGUGAAUGGGCUAGUCCUAUAGUAAUUGUACCUAAAAGUAAUGGAAGUAUAAGAAUAUGUGUGGAUUGUAAGGUGACGAUUAAUAAAUUUAUACAAACACAGCAUUACCCUUUACCUAAUAUUGAGGAUUUGUUUGCAAGUAUGGCAAGUUGUGCAGUUUUUUGUGUGUUAGAUUUGUCUGGAGCUUAUCAACAAUUAGAGUUAGCUUCAAGUUCUAAAGAAUAUUUGACAAUAAAUACUUUAAAAGGUUUAUUUAGAUUUACAAGAUUAACAUUCGGUGUAGCUAGUGCACCAGCUAUAUUUCAGUCUACCAUGGAUCAGAUAUUGUUGGGCUUGGAAAAUGUGUUUUGUUAUUUAGAUGAUAUAUUAAUAGGUGAAAAAACAGUUGAAAAGUGUAAACAAAAGUUAGAUUUGGUUUUAGAUAGAUUAAAUAAUUUAAAUGUUUCUAUGUAA